AUGAAAAAAUUCGAUUCACAACUUGAUACUUCGAAUGUUCAAAUAACUGGUGAAUUACAAUUAAAUAAAACAACCGAUUUUAGUAAGCAUCAACCAUUACCUCAUCCUCAACCUUCACCACCACCUCAAUCAGCACCACCAAUACCUGACACAAUUCCUCAAUCUUCUUCAUCCAGUCCAAUCGAAUAUAAUAAACCAACACCACCAGUUUGGACAGAUGCAACACGACAAGGUCUUAAUGAUCUAUCUCGUUAUCUUCCAUUUCGUUUAUUAAUACCAAAUUAUGUUCGACAAGAAUUAAUAAAAAGUCUUGAUAUUGAACAAUUUAAUGAUGUAUUAACACUUUCAUGUCAAUCAUCAAUAGAAUGUAUAUUAACAAUAAUAGAUCAAAAAGAUCUUGAUGCAUCUAUUGAUAUCUUAACAGAUUUAAUGGUUGCUUUUAAAUGUUCAUCAGAUCAAUAUGAAAUUCGAUUAUUAUUUCAAAAAAAAUUUAUAUCAAUCAUAACGGGAAAACGCAAUGAACGUCUUGAACGUUUACGUGAUAAAUAUCAACUUGAUAUGGUUAAAGUUUUUCUACAAACAUGUCCACAAAGUGAUGAACGUGUUGUACUAUUACGUUGUCAACAUAGUGAAUAUAUUAUUUAUUGUAUCCGAGAAAUUAUGCAAAAUAUUCUUGAACAAGCUCAUUUUACUGAUGAAGACAGUAAUCAAUCAUAUCCAAUGUAUGAUCCAUCGAUAAAUUAUGAUGAAUCAUGUGCUCAUGAAUAUGGUGCUUACAAACCAAAUGAUACUUGUGAAAUAAUGUCAAAUAGUAAUAUUGCUGCUUCAUCUGAAGACUUAACUGAACCUAAACAGCAAUCAACUAUGUCAAUAAAUUCAUCAUCAUCAUCAUCAUUAUCAAAAAACCGUCAUAAUUAUGAAGAUGCACCAUUAAAUUAUGAUGAUACAGAACCAGAGUCUGAUGAUAAUGAUGAUGAUUUUCAAUCUUCAAAAAUAUCUGAUGAUAAACGAAUAUUUGUUAAAGAAUUAAAUUAUGUUAAAGGAAGACAAGUUGGAUUAUUAAUUGGACCAUUUGGUCAACAUAUAACACAAAUUCGUGAACAAACCGGUGCAAAAAUUCAUUUAACAAAUGAUGAUAAUGAACCAUCAGUUAUUAAAGGAACAAAAAGUCAAAUCAAGCAAGCACUUCGUUUAAUUAAAGAAUGUCUACAAACACAAAAACCAAUUCCACGAACAGCUUACAAAGGCGGUCGACGUCGUUAA